UUGCGCAAUAUUCUUCUAACAUGAAGAUGUCUGAAUCUGAUAUUUCAAACGUAAACAAAAAUUUAGAUAUUGAUUCUAAUAUGAGGAAAAAAUCAGAAAGUGAUAACAAACCUGCAAUGACCCAAGACGACGAUUCAGAAGGGACAGAAGAACAACCUUUGGAUAUCGGAGAACAUUAUUUAGUUCGAAGAUCUGACGAUUCUUGGCAUCCUGCCGAAAUAAUUCAAACUAGAUAUAAUGACACAGAACAGCAAUAUGAAUAUUAUGUUCAUUAUGAGGGAUAUAAUAGGCGAUUGGAUGAAUGGGUUCCUAGAGGUAGAAUUAUGUCCUCAAGAUUCAACAUGGGGGAAGGGGGACAAAAAAUGAACUCCGAGAAAGGUUGGAAAGAUGGACCAGUUGUAACAGAUUUAUUAUCAGACAGUACAGACAGAAAGAUCACGAGAAACCAGAAAAGAAGGCAUGAUGAAAUUAACCAUAUUCAGAAAAGCUAUGCAGAGAUGGAUCCCACUACAGCUGCCCUUGAGAAAGAACAUGAACAAAUUACAAAAGUGAAAUAUAUAGACAGAAUCCAAAUUGGCAGAUUUGAAAUUGAUACUUGGUAUUUUAGUCCAUAUCCAGAAGAGUAUGGCCGUCAAAGUAAACUGUGGAUAUGUGAAUAUUGCCUAAAAUACAUGAGGUUAGAGAAGAGUUAUAGGUACCACAUGAGCGAAUGUACAUGGAGACAGCCUGUGGGGAAAGAAAUUUAUCGUAAAGGUACACUUUCAGUUUAUGAAGUGGAUGGAAGAGAUCAUAAAGUCUACUGCCAAAAUCUGUGUCUCCUUGCGAAGUUAUUUUUAGACCAUAAAACUCUAUAUUUUGAUGUAGAACCGUUUUUGUUUUAUAUUUUGUGUGAAGUAGAUAAACAUGGUGCACAUAUUGUUGGAUAUUUUUCAAAGGAGAAAGAAUCACCUGAUGGAAAUAAUGUAGCAUGUAUUUUGACAUUGCCCCCAUACCAACGACAAGGAUAUGGAAAAUUGCUUAUUGCUUUCAGUUAUGAAUUGUCUCGACUUGAAGGGAAUGUGGGUAGUCCAGAGCAACCUCUGAGCGACCUUGGAAAAUUGAGUUACCGCAGCUAUUGGAGUUGGAUUUUACUCGAAAUUCUAAGAGAUUUUAGAGGAACCCUUUCGAUUAAAGAUCUGAGUCAAAUGACUAGCAUAACUCAAACUGAUAUCAUUUCUACUCUCCAAAGUAUGAAUAUGGUGAAGUAUUGGAAAGGACAGCAUGUUAUUUGCGUAACACCAAAACUGGUUGAAGAACAUAUAAGAUCGAGUCAGUACAAAAGACCUCGUUUAUGUGUAGAUAGUAGUGCAUUGAGGUGGACACCCCGCAGACACAACAAUAAAUUAAAUAAAAAGUGAAGAAAAUAUUUUAUUCAUCGAUUCAGUUAAAUAUUGUUCGAAAUUAUGUGAUAAAAGUUUUCAAUAAAUUCUUUCAUUAAUA